CCCCCCCCCACUCGCCCCCCGACCGUGCAGACAUUUUGCUCAUGUAUGGGGGAUGCAGGAGGAGAUCAUUAGAUUGUCGAGAGAUAAAAACCAAGCCAGACCUCCUUAUCGGACUGUGGUUUUGAUUUUGGAUAUUUUUGGGGGGGAUGGAGGUGUGGAGGUUUGCUCUCACGCUGUCUCCUCCUCCUCCUCCUCCUCUUUCUCCAUCGCAUAUGCUGCUGAGGCUGAGGGGGGUGUUUGCGUAGGAGGCUUUUUAUUUGCUCCAUCAUCCUCCAACAACUGGAUGGAAGUGUGCGCUUGUUUGUGUUGAGGAUUCAACGCCCGGGUGGAAGCUAAUACUGUCGUUUUUACCGCCUUACUUUUUGUGUCUUCUUUACAAAUUUGACUCCUAUCCUUCUGUGCCAUACUUUGAAGGCAGCACAGAUCAGCCGCCUGACAGCCAAUCAGACGCCGCUACCCUCCAUGUGACCUGCAACAAUUCAUCUUAUCUCUGAAGGCAGUUGAUGGAGAGCCUUUCGAAUGACAGCCGGGACAGUGGUCAUCACUGGUGGAAUCCUUGCUACGGUUAUAUUGCUCCUUAUCAUCGCAGUACUUUGCUACUGCAGGCUGCAGUAUUAUUGCUGUAAGAAGGAGGAGUCGGAGUCGGAGGAGGAGGAGCCUGACUUCGCCGUCACAUCCCGCCUGCCGCCGGUCCACUCCAACCACAACAUUGUGGCGGCCACGGCCGCCGCCUCCUCCAUCCCCAAUGGCCCCGCCCUCUUCCCCACCCCCCCGCUGGCCAGGAAACUGACCCGCUCUCAGACCUUCUGCCCGUCGUGCACGCACUACGAGCUGCCCUUCUACCUGCAGCCGCCGCCCCCGCAGGUCCACCAAGCCGACGGCUUGAGGAACGGGGGCGAGCGGGUUAGUUACCGCGCCGUGCAGCAGCCGCCGCCGCCGCCGCCAUUACAGCAACAGGACAUAGAGCUGCCCGUGCCCGUCAACAUUUCCAACUACCGCAGGCCCCAACUGGCUCGAUCGGUCACCAUGAGGGACAUGUUCACGCGCAGCUGCAGCAUCAGCACUGAUGUUUAAAAUGUUGUCGGACUCUCAGGACCUCCGCUGACUUUUAAAUGUUUAACUAUUUACGUUCCGAUAUAACUUCUUGGCUUCGUUGUAAAAGAUGUCCCCUCUUCUUCUGGAUGACAUCAUGGACAGGGAUCGUCUCUGUGCCGUGGCUGCUAAGGACCAAAACAUGAUUAGUGUUUCUCUGCCAUGGAAGGAUGUGUCCGCUUCAUCACGUACGGAUUAGACUCCACCGUGAAGACGGAGGCGAUGGAGUGAACUUUGGCUGUAAAGUCAAAAUCACAUCAAGGGCUCACAGAAGAUAGAAAACAGCUAUUUAUUUUACAAAAAAAACAUUUCUUGUACAAGAAUUUAGUAGGGAAUCAUACCAAAAGUUACCCUAGCGAGAACAGCCACCUGAAAAUGAAAAUGCCUAUUUUUGAUUAGACCUGAAAAUAUGCCUCUCACAUUUAUUACAUGCAUUUGAAAUGGAGUCGGAUGCACCAAGAAGCCAUUCCAAGCAUACGCUAUACAGAACUGUACUUACAAAACGAGCGGUUCCACAAUACCCCCCCCCCGCCCCCCCGUCUGCAGAUAGCGCCAUCAAAACACUUUCUAUUUAAGCUUCCAUAAAACAACAAAGUAUUCACAAUUUAAAGCAGACAUAUCUGUAACUAGGCGGGGCUUCACCGUAUUUGCCACAGAAAUCUUAUAUUUUGCCAUAGUGUUUUUGGGGCAAGGAACCAUAUUAAGUGACUUCCGAAAGUAAAGUUGUACACUGUAGGGUUCACUAUGCUCGUGCUAUUUGUUUCCUUCUUACGUAAAAACAAUACAAAUGUACAAAGUACAUUCAUAAAACAUAAGGAGAUGAUUAUAGCAGCUUUUUGCUAAGGCUAAUUACCGUUUUCAGUCAAAUUAUGUUAAUCGGAUCAUUUAUAAUGUUAAAACAUUUUGAAAAACAUUGUGAAGGAAUAAGAAAAAAAUUCUGUGGUGUAUGACAAAAAAAUCUGAACUUGAAAUGUACAUUUUUUGAAAAAUUAUACUUAAUAAUUCUUGAAAAAUAAUACAAAUAAAAUACUAAAUUUUACAAAAUUAUUAUGAGAACACACCCCUUUUAAAACAAUGUGCAAGCUGAUGUUUUUUAUUAAUUAACUAAUGGCAGGAUUAUCCAGGAGUGAUGAAAUGGCCCAUGUCCAAAGAACCAGAUUUGGCCGCCGAAGACCAGGUCUCCCAGGCACCCGCCCUUGACCGCCACCCAACACACAAUGCACCGGACCCUUAUGCUUGCCCCCGUAGGUGGUGGGUCUACGAAGGGGAGAUCCCGUGUGGUUUCCUCAGGCUGGGCCUGGCAGGGUGAAGGCCCGACCACCAGGCGCUCGCCUGCGAGCCCCUCCCCCGGGCCUGACUCCAGGGUGAGGCCCCGGUAUCCCACAUGAGGUGAGGAGCUCAGCCAUCCGGGAGGGGCUCAAAGUAGAGCCACUUCUCCUUCAUAUCGAGAGGAGUCAGUUGAGGUGGCUCGGGCAUCUAGUCCGGAUGCCUCCCAGACGCCUCCCUGGUGAGGUGUUCCGGGCAUGCCCAGCCGGGAGAAGGCCCCAGGGCAGCAGACCUAGGACACGCUGGAGGGAUUAUGUCUCACAGCUGGCCUGGGAACGCCUUGGUGUCCUCCCGGUGGAGCUGGAGGAGGUGGCCUGGGACCGGGAAGUCUGGGCUUCCCUACUGAGACUGCUGCCCCCGCGACCCGGACCCGUAUAAGCGGAGGAAAAUGGAUGGAUGAAAUGACCCAGAAAGUGUAUGAAAAUGUGUUUGCCCCCUCCCUGGUUUCUUUUAUAUUUUGUCACACUUAAAUGUCUCAGAUCAUCAAAAAGUGAUUGCCCCCUAAAGCUCAUAAGUGGUUGGGCCACCCUUAGUAGCAACAACUGCAAUCAAGCGUUUGUGAUAACUUGCAAUGAGUUUCUUACAGCGUUCUGGAGGAAUUUUGGCCCACUCAUCUUUGCAGAAUUGUUGUCAUUCAGCCACAUUGGAGGCUUUACGGCAUGAAGCCUUUUUAAGGUCACGCCACAGCAUCUUAAUAAGAUUCAGGUCAGGACUUGGACUAGGCCACUCCUAAAGUCUUCAUUUGGUUUUUCUUCAGUCAUUCAGAGGUGGACUUGCUGGUGCGUUUUGGAUCAUGGUCCUGCUGCAGUUGGUAGACAGUUCCAUUUAUCACAGCAAGUCUUCCAAGUCCUGAAGCAACCAAAGAACGCCAGACCAUCACACUACCACCACCAUAUUUUGCUGUUGCUAUGAUGUUCUUUUUCUGAAAUUCCAGUUGUAAUGGGACACACACCUGGUCUGGUCAGACCAAAAAAAAUUUUUCAAAGGUCCUGUGGAUCAUCAAGAUGUUUUCCGGUAAAGUUGAGACGAGCCUUACAGUGGUUUUGGUCUUGGAACUCUUUUUUUGCGCAGUGUAUUUCUUGGAUAUUGUCGUGGGGUCUUUUGUGACUUCUUGAGUUUGUUUUCCAGACAGGGUUUGGAUGCUUUUUUCACCCUUAAUAAUAUGGGACGAUCUGAAACAUUUAAGUGUGACAAACAUGCAAAAAAUAAAAACACUUUUUCACCCCACUCUACAGAUUAUUCCUAGAGACUCCAGACGCUAACAUCCAUUUUCGGUCCCUGGUUAUGUCAGGCAAGACAAAAGCACAACAAAACAGUUAUACACAUUAAAUAUUUACAUCGGUGUGUCAAAGAAGUCAAAGUAUCAAGUAGUAUUCCUGACGCUUCAAUUACUUGUUGAAAAUGGUAACGCGGAAAUAUGACCUCCUGUAUGAACUCCUACUAAAUUCCUAUGAGGGCAUACCUGUUUUGUACUUUUUUUUUAAAUCUUGCACAGGCCUGUUGCAAUAAUGCCUCAUUUGUUUAUUUAAAGGCUGACAGGAUUGUCAAGAAGUGAUGAAAUAUAUAUUACAUAUGUUACAGUUAUUCCGAUAAGAGACUCCAGACUCCGCCCCGAUCUGCUGGCGCUUCCUGGACUCUUCUAACCUUUCUUCAUUCUGUGCUCUUUGGUUUGUUCAUCCACAUGCUGAAAAGUAACAGCAGAUUAAGUACGCGUACUCCUACUCAGACUACAAAUUCCGCAACUGCAACAAUUUUCCUGGUCUUAACGAGCUGGAUUAUUUCUCGCCGUCAAGUGGCAAUGGGCGUGGCUGAACUGGACACCCUUUCUUCUUCUUCUGUCUUCAAAUGGAUGCUUUUUCUCUGUUUAUCCUUUUUUUCCAACAGCAGUUAUUGACACGUGCUAACAAUGCUAUGCUAUGUCCUCGUUAACGAGACACACAGGAAGUCAGUGCCAUAUAAGGAGUGAGAUAAAAUGCUAUUCUUUGUUAGUAUUAUUAUGAUUCCUGUGAAUAUUGCAGGUGUGUAUUCAAAUGCGGUGUUUGCUUUGACGUCCAAAGUAUUUGAAUUGACCGGCUUUUUGUUUACAACCAGACAUGUUUUUUUCCUGUCUUUGUUUUUAAUGGCUAACUGGAUAACACACACAAUGUUGCUAAUAAAAUCCUGUGGGAGAAAUCCUGGAUCGGUUCAUAUGUUAGUAUGUUAGCUAGCUAACAAUGCACGUCAUUGGGACACACCUAUUUCGACUACGAAGCCUCUGGAAAAAAACCUUUAACAACAUUUUAUCGUUUUAUAUAUACGUAUGUUGUGAUCAUGCAAGAACAGUACAUUGAUCAUAACAUGUAAUACUUAAUAUGUAUCUUACCGUAUUUUGAUGAUUUCAAACAUCUUUCCGAGGAGUAUUGAUUUCACAGACCCGUUAUUGGAGCUAACGCUAACAAUCUGAGCUAACUCUACAUCUGUCAACAAGGUAAGGGUGCUAGGCAGAUCAGGGUAUUGUGAAACACACACAAAAGUUACUUAGGCCGAGACAUCACUCAAAACUCCUAUAGCGAGGCGUUGUUUUAUUCCGACAGAAAUAUUAUAUUUUGCUGUAUUUCGGUUACUAUGCAGGUCAGUUAUGCAAAUGGUUCCAAUCUAUUUGAAUUCUCAGGUGUUCGAGAUUUAGUUCAAUCAGGUUUCAGUUUGACUGAGUUGUCAAUACUUCAGUGCUUCAGUCCAAUUCAGUUGUCAGGUGACAAAGGUGGGCAUACACCUGAAAAUUUGCUUUGCAAGUUAGCAGUCUGCGGGGAAAAAACCUGAAAAACACAAAACUCCAGGAAAAAGACCUACGUGAUCAUUGAAUUUCGACCUGUUCUGAAAGACCUGACUUUGGUUGGAGGAUCAAAUCUUUGAUCUUGAAUCGUUCUGUCUCUAAGGACAAAUCCAAGACAGUUCUGAAGCUUUUGGUUUCUCAAGUAUUUGGGUUUGGAAUCUGAUUCAAAUAUCUGGAAUUUUGAAUUCAAUUGGGUUUCAGUUUUGUAUGUCAGGUCAUGAGUCCCAGUCGACCAUCAGGUGUCUAUGGGACAGUUGACUCUAGCUCAAAGACCUGAUCAUUGGAUGCAGACUUGAGAUCAAAUCAUUGAUCUCCAAGUCAGAUCUGCUGUGUCUAAAGACAAGUCCAAGACAGUUCUGAAGCUUUUGGUUUCUCAAGUAUUUGGGUUUGGAAUCUGAUUCAAAUAUCUGGGAUUUUGAAUUAAAUUGGGUUUCAGUUUUGUAUGUCAGGUCAUGAGUCCUAGUCAGCCGUCAGGUGUCUAUGGGACACAAAACUGAAGGACAAUUAGCUCAAGCUCAAAGACCUGGUCGUUGGAUGCAGACUUGUUCUGAAAAAACUUGGACAUACUCUAGGUUUCCUGAAGGAUCAAAUCAUUGAUCUCCAAGUCAGAUCUGCUGUGUCUAAAGACAAGUCCAAGACAGUUCUGAAGCUUUUGGUUUCUCAAGUAUUUGGGUUUAGAAUCUGAUUCAAAUAUCUGGGAUUUUGUAUUCAAUUGGGUUUCAGUUUUGUAUGUCAGGUCAUGAGUCCUAGUCGGUCAUCAGGUGUCUAUGGGACAGUUGACUCUAAGGAUAGUUGACUCUUGCUCAAAGACCUGAUCAUUGGAUGCAGACUUGUUCUGAAGAACUUGGACAUACUCUUGGUUUCCUGAAGGAUCAAAUCAUUGAUUUCCAAGUCAGAUCUGCUGUGUCUAAAGACAAGUCCAAGACAGUUCUGAAGCUUUUGGUUUCUCAAGUAUUUGGAUUUGGAAUCUGAUUCAAAUAUCUGGGAUUUUGAAUUCAAUUGGGUUUCAGUUUUGUAUGUCAGGUCAUGAGUCCUAGUCAGCCGUCAGGUGUCUAUGGGACACAAAACUGAACGACAGUUGACUCUCGCUCAAAGACCUGGCCGUUGGAUGCAGACUUGUUCUGAAAAACUUGGACAUACUCUAGGUUUCCUGAAGAAUCAGAUCAUUGAUCUCCAAGUCAGAUCUGCUGUGUCUAAAGACAAGUCCAAGACAGUUCUGAAGCUUUUGGUUUCUCAAGUAUUUGGGUUUAGAAUCUGAUUCAAAUAUCUGGGAUUUUGAAUUCAAUUGGGUUUCAGUUUUGUAUGUCAGGUCAUGAGUCCUAGUCGGUCAUCAGGUGUCUAUGGGACAGUGGACUCUAAGCACAGUUGACUCUUGCUCAAAGACCUGAUCAUUGGAUGCAGACUUGUUCUGAAAAACUUGGACAUACUCAAGGAAGGAAGGAUCAAAGGAUCAAAUCAUUGAUCUCCAAGUCAGGUCUGCUGUCCAAGUCCAAGACAGUCCUGAAGCCUUUGACUUUGGAAUCUGAUUCAAGGAUCUGGUCUUUUGGGUUCAAUCGGGUCUCAGUUCUUUAAAGCAGGUCUUGAGUUAGAGCCCUUGUCAGUCAUCAGGUGUCUGCCGGACAAAGCCCUGAAAAGUUACUCAUCAGCAUCUAACGGCAUGCUAGUCAUUCAGCCAGCAGCUAGCACAGGCAGCUAGCGUUAGCUCUGAAAAACUAGUGACUGUAGUCCAUUGUUGCUUUUUGUGGAGCACAACGACAAUGAACAAUCCUCCAGAUGAUUACAUGUCAAUGUCAUGAACAUAAUUCCAGACAAUUUGUCUUGUAGCGCCCGUGACAGGCGUCCCCUGGGGGGGCUGCUCAAGCUAACUUGACAAUAACGGUGUCAAAGAGACAGACCUCAUCUGAGAGGUUUUUCAUGUCUGCAGCUAGUCUGUUGUACGAACGCCGCCACAAAGCGACUAUUCAUGUCUAGGCCUGCCAGGGUGGCUCCUUGCACGCCUCCAUCUGUGCUCGCUCUCCUUCAUUAGCUCUGACUCAUCCUUCUAAUAAGCGCGUCCACUUCCUCCAUCGUUCGUCUUGCCUCGCUCUUUCUGAAUCCGUACCCCAUUCUAACCCUUAGCCCCUCCCCUUUGUCUUGCCCCUUCCGUUACCCGGUAAAACCUAAGGCCAAAGGGAAGAAGCCCCUAAAAAAUGGGACACCACUUGAUUCUGAUUACAUCGUCACCCUUCACCGCUUGCUCACUGAGACAUAGGCAGAUGAGGUACAGUAAUUACAGUAAUUAAACAAUUCAUAAUAAAUAUUUCCUAACAUAGAGUAAGGUGCAUGGAUUUCUACAUUAUUUCAAUGUUAUAUAGCUUACCUCAGAAGUUCUUUAAAGGGGAACUGCACAUGAACACAUAUUUCUUUCCCUUUUCUGUGUAUUCUAGCGUGAGAAAACAAGUUAAUAUAGCUAGCUAGAAACAGACGUCAGGGGAAUUACAGUACCUAUUUUGAUGCUAAACCCUCACCAAAAAACAAAAACGGCAACAAUUAUUGUAGCACCUAACAUGAAAAUGUAUUUUUAUCCGGCGGACUAACACGACGCGUCGCUAAUCGCUAGUCUCAGCAUCAGUCCCAAGACAGAAGAGUGGAUAGCAAUGUUGUUAGCUUUUUUAGUUUUUUAGAGGGCUUCAUAGUCUAAAUAGAUGUAUCCCAAUGACAAUAUUGUAAGCUAGCUAUUAUUCACUCGUUUUAUUGUAUUAUAAAACACAAACAAGGGAAAGAAAUAUGUUUUGGAUUGCGAAUGAUGGACAAAAUUCCCCAUAAAGUGUACUUCCCCUUUAACGUUUAUUUUUUAUUGCCUGUUAACAAAUCAAUCAACACAAUAAAUAAAAAUAAUUUUGCCGGCCUUGAUAAAUUGACGUGUGCAUUCCCCCCCAAACCCACCAACACCUUACGAUUCAUAAUAAUUGAUUUUUUUUGUCUCAUAUCC